AUGCCAUCCUUAGAGUCGUUGAUAAAUAAAGCUACUGAUCCAACCUUGACAUCAGAUAACUGGCAAUAUAUUUUUGAUGUUUGUGACAAAAUCUCCAAUGAUCCUGAGACGGCUACCAAGGAAGCCAUAGCCACUUUGAAAACUAAAUUGGCAUCGAAGGAUGCAAAUGUUGUAUUAAGAACAUUAGCAUUAUUAACUGCUGUUGCUGAGAAUUGUGGAUCAAGGGUAAAACAAGAAAUUGCAACUAAAUCAUUUUUACAAGAUUGUUUGAUCAAAAGAUUGUCUGAUAAGAAAUUACACCCGGCUGUGAAGACGAAAAUUUGUGAAGUUUUAAGUCAACUUUACAAUACAUUCAAGGUUGAUCCAUCAUUGAAACCAAUGACUGAUGCAUAUAACAAAGCAAAACAUGAUUAUCCUCAAUAUUUUAACAAGAAAGUAGAGGGUCCUUCCAAGCCGGCUAAGAAAGAAAGAACAAAACAAGAUAAAGAUAGAGAAGAAGAAGAAUUGCAACGUGCAUUGAAAUUAUCAUUACAUGAAUAUGAGCAACAACUGAAAAUUGAAAAGAAAGAAUAUCUCAAUAAUAAACCAUUGCCUGAACCGAAACCAGAACCUGAAUCACCGCCAGUUGAAACAGUUGCCACAGUUUCAAAAGUCAGAGCAUUGUAUGAUUUGAUUUCCUACGAGCCAGAUGAAUUGUCGUUCAGAAAGGGAGAUGUGAUUACGGUUAUUGAAUCUGUGUAUCGUGAUUGGUGGAGAGGAUCAUUGACUAAUGGGAAAGUUGGUAUUUUUCCAUUGAAUUAUGUUACACCAAUUGUGAACAAAUCACCAGCAGAAAUUGCCAAGGAAUUGGAAUUGGAAAAUAGAUUAAUCAAUGGAGAGAAGAAAAAGAUUGAAAAGUUGUUGGCAAUAUUAUCAUCACAAAAUAUUGACAAUAUUAAUGAAGAUGAAGUGACUCUGUUAUAUAAUGAGAUUAUACCAUUACGUAUUCAAUUGGGUGCUGCAAUUGAUAAAUAUAGUGUGAGAAAAGAAGAAUUAUUGGGAUUGAACCAACAGCUAAAUAAUGAAGUGAAGUUAUAUAAUGAGUUGUUGGAUAAACUGAUUUCAAGUAGAGCUCAACAAAAUACCGGUGGACUAAUGUAUCAACAAACAGCCCCGUACCCUAUGCAGCAACAGCAACAUCAAGGACCCUCACAAACCCAGCAAAGCCAGAUUCCACAACAACAUACUCAACUGCAACAACUUCCUCCACAAUAUACACAACUGCAACCACUUCAUCAACAGCAGCAGCAGUAUCUGGGAUAUGCCGGUGCUAAUAAUAUGCCACCUCCAGCAACUACAUUCAAUCAGUAUGUUCCACCACAAUUACAAGAAUUGCAACCUCAAGAAACCAGUGCUGGGUUUGGAAAUGCAGUUUAUAACAGACCUCAACCUACUAGCCAACAAUAG